ACUGCCAAAAAAACAAAAAAGAAGAAGAAGAAGAGGAAGCGUUCGUUGUUGCGGAAAUGAGGAAUGAGGAUAGACGUGCUUGUGGAAGGAACGAGAUAAGUUGAGCUUUGUUAGCAUAGGUUGCUCAAUAAAAGUUAAAAAAGAGCGUCAGACUUUGUGUGCACUUCUUCUGGACGCUACAAUAUCAUUUUUCCUAACGGACCUGUAAGACUUGUGGGCUCUUCUUUUAUGUUUAAAACUGGCUGUUGUUUCGUCUUCCAGCCUGUAGGUGUCAGUGUUGAAUCAUCAAACCUCGCGAUGAGGCAGAAGCAGCUUCGAUACACCGAGAAGUGUUUCCGGUUACCGCUACCGAAACAACUUUGAUGGUGACUUUCAAGAGAUUCUUCUCCAAUUCAAAGAAAAAAUAACUCGUAUGUUUGAAAAUGAACACCAGGCUGAAGAACUGGAAAGAGGCGGCCACUCUUAUUUUAGCUGCGGGUCACAAGCUUGGCGCGGAGGGUUUAUCGCCACCUCACCGCUUUGACUACAAUGUUCUACUCCUUAAACGAAGCCCCAAAAGUGGAUUCAUGCCUAAUGCGUAUGUGUUCCCUGGAGGCAUGGCGGACUCUUCAGACUUCUCCAGCGACUGGCUGGACGUUUUUAAAGCUUUUACCAACUCUCCAAAUUUCGGUUUAAGGAGCGUCCAACAACCUCAUGACACCAGACCUCCAAUAUUUGCGACGGACAGGCUGCAAUUGGGCUCUCCUAUCCCGGGAGAAGUCGCCUUUCGGAUCUGCGCCUUAAGGGAGACCUUCGAGGAGUCAGGAGUGUUGUUGUUUGUGUCCAAAGACGAGGAGAUGACUUUGUUAAAGAGCCUUGAGGACAGACGCACCACAGAUGAAGUCAAGCACUAUAAAGUCAACGAGCUGUGCAGCAGUGAGCUGAGCAGGUGGAGGACUCUUGUCAACCAGAACCCCUCUAACUUCAUCACAAUGUGCAGGGAGCUGCAGGUGCUGCCCAACAUCUGGGCCUUACACGAGUGGGCCAACUGGCUGACCCCAGAACGUCGAUACGGCGUGAAGAGGUUCGACACAGCCUUCUUCAUCUGCUGCCUGCAGGACACACCUCACACCCUGCAGGACGAUAAGGAAAUUGAGCGCUUUCAGUGGUCGACGCCUCCUGAUGUCCUGCGGAGCUACCAGGCGCGCGAGCUGUGGAUCGCCCCCCCUCAGUUCUACGAGCUGAGUCGCAUGUGUCGCUUCCCUUCGCUGAGCGACCUUCAGAAUUUCGCUCGGCAGCGUUCCUCGGACGGCUGUGAGCAGUGGCUGCCAGUUGUCUUCCAACAGGACGACGGCUACUUAUCAGUGUUGCCAGGAGACCGAUUGUACCCAUCAAACAGUUCUGAAGGGAGGACAGUAGACGCGAGCGUAGACCAGGAAAGUUCAGAGACAGCUCUGCAUCGCUUCAUGAUCUCUGACCCCUACGGUACACGCCUGCAGAUCAACAUCACACCAAAAUACAACCACCUGAUGCCUCUUGUCGGCCCCUUUGAUCCCAGCGCUGAACUUUGACCUGCUCAACAGCCCGCCUCUGUGAGCACACAUGAACAAUCACAUUGACAAACGAUAAACAUGUUAAAUAUAUCAAAUCCCAAAUUGUACAACAUAACUCAGAGUAUGUUAUGAAACUUAAAUUAAUUUAUUAAUGAUGUACAGUACAUUUAAUUUAACACUAACAACUAUUUACUUUGUCACUUUUUAAUUAAAAAUACAAUCUUUUUUUGUCAAAUAGUUUAGCAUAUUAUAAUGAGGGACAAGCGGUAGAAAAUGGAUGGAUGAGGUAAAUUGAAUAUGUUUUAGAAACUUUAGUGUAGAAAUGUAUCAAAGUGGCCCUUGGUGAAAAAUGUUUGGACACUCCUGGAUUGGAGGUUACUGUACAUUGCAGCCAUUAAAGAGGAAAUGCACUUUUUGGGAAAUUUGCCUAUCGUUCACAACCAUGAGAGACAAGAACACAUGUUGUUUUUUUUUUUAGGAUUUUUUAAAGAUGAUAAAAAAAACACUUGAAAGAUGCAGUUAAUGGGACUCACUGUCGUAGCCUUCAAAACCUUCUAAAACCAAUUCAAAUCCUCCUUCAAAGUUUUGUAUACACACUGCAAGUAUAUAUAUAUAAUGUAGUAGCAGGCAAGUUCAUAACAAUAUGUAAUAUGUACAAUAUUUACCAUAUUUUGGUCAUUUUAAUCCGUGCCAGGUGACACCCAUCUCCCUUAGGUCUUCCUUGGCUGUCUGUCUCCACGUUUUCUUCGGCCUCCCUCUCUUCCUUAUUCCAUCUUCUGGCAUCCAUUUCAUUGCCACACUUGCCGGUCUCUCUCCUGGCAAUCGUAGUACGUGCCCCAUCAUUCUCCUUCUCCUUUCGGAGACAAUGUCAGACAGUGCUGCUACACCUGCCCUUCUCACCACCUCCUCGUUGGAGAUGUGGUCUCUCCAGGAGAUCUUCAGGAUGGAUCUGAGGCAUCGUCGAUGGAAGACAUCCAGCUUGUUGGUGAUACUGGUUGUCUUGAUCCACGUCUCACAGGCGUAGGUUGCUGUUGGUAUGAACACUGACAUGUGGAGGCGUAGCUUAAUGGCCUUUGUGAUGGCUUUGGACGACCAGAUGUUUCGUAGCCGUUGGAACACUCCUGCAGCUUUGCCAAUUCUGUUAUUGAUGUCUUUCUCCACGUCUCCUGUACUUGAGAUGUUACUUCCAAGAUAGGUGAAGUCGUCAACAUACUCUGUCAUGUUCGUCUAUAGUGGGUGGUGGAAAGUGUUGUAUUUGUCCAACGGCCAUGGACUUGGUCUUUUCUUGGCUUAUCCGUUGUCCGACUUGUUCUCCGUGCUCAUGGAGAUUGUUGGUCAUCUCUCGGAGCAAGAAGAGCCGCCAGAGACCGGAGAAAAUGGAGGCAACUCGUCGCCCAAUGUUCCAAUAGGAACGGGAGGAACUAAGUCUAGUCAUUGCCGGAACUAAUUUUUUUUCCGUUUCCAUAGCAACGCACGUCUGACUUCUGGCAACAAAUGUGUGUCCUACUUCCGGAAACAAACGAGUGUGUUUUCUAAUAAUGGCAGACUUGGAAAUAGACAACGAAGACGACUAUUUUUGGACAAAUGAGAAUUUACAACCUUAUCUUUUUUAAGUUGACUAUGUGGAUGAUGAUCUACUGCUUACAAACGCAAGCCAAGAGAGUGACAGGAAAGUAACUUUGGCGCUCUAAAUGUUAAACUUGACCCAUGCUAGUUCGGCAUAAUUGGAGUGCUUACCUAAAUAAACCGGAAAAUAUGUCCCCUGCCAUCUUGACCAAACAGACAACUGCAAUGUGGGCUAAUACAUGCAAUAUGGGCUAAUAAAACAUGCAAUAUGGGCUAAUACUUUACAGAUACUGUAAUAUGAUUAUUAAUGUUUUUCAGUCAGUACAGAUUGGUGUUCUAUCGGAUUGUGUUGUGCAUUACAAACUGAAACACGUUUCGUGCUGACGUAGAAGCUUGCUUAUUUCUUUCCGUAGCUGGUUUUACGGCUAAUACAGAAGCAGGCCAAUGUGUUAGUAUGGUAGAAAAAUAGUUUUUCAGUAUUCGCUCUUACAAUAAAAAUGUCGCUACAGUUCGGUCAUUAUUCAGGUUACGGAAUGUAAAUUAAGUACUGUUGACUGUUUCUGAAUAAAUGUUUAAAGUCAUUUAGAGGUAGAAUUGAUUGCUCCCAUUAGCUGCAUUGCUCGCCACCAAGAACAAGCCGAUUUUUACAUGAUAGACCGCAAAAAAAAAAUUUUUUUUAAAUGUUGUCUUCUUAUCUUUCAUAAAGAUUGUGAACGAUAAGCAACAUUUCAAAAUAAGUGCAGUUCCCCUAUAUGGGGAUUUUUUUUCCGUAGCCCAUAUCAACAGGGUAUUAGGGUAUGUGAAAAUCCAUCAAAUUGCCUAAAUAUUAAUUCAGACAUGUGCAGGAAGUGUUUAGCUAUGCAGGUGUUGAGUGUUAAGAUACUAACAUAAUACCAUUAAAAACCUUUUUCAGAAAAUAGUGAUACAGUGGCACCUCAACUUAAGAGUGCCGCAACUAAAGAGUGUUUUUAGAUAGGGACUGUCUCUCGAAUGAUAUUUAUGCUUUAAGUUGAAGCAAAAAUUAGAGUUACAAGCAUCCCCGCUAUUAGUUGGCGUAGCAAAUGUCAUACUGAAUUGAACCUUGUAAGAUGCAACCAAUACAUCUGGUCUUACUCGCAAGCAUUAGUUUAUAGCUGGAGAUGGACAUUUUUCCAACCAUAGGAAUAAAGUGAGUGUAAAAAAAGAAGAAGAGGUGGAUGAUAUUUAUUGAUUUAAAGCAAUAAAUCUUUAAAAACAUAACCGAGCGUGUCGCCAUGUUGGCAAAGCAAUUUGAGCGUAUCACUGCUAGUCUGCAUCAGCGUACUGAAGCAGAAUGAGUUUAACGUGAGUCAAGAAUGUGAAAAUAAUAUCUAAACAUUGUGAAAAUAUGAAAAGCUGCUGAUGGUGUGUUUGACUGAGAAGCAUUUGGAAGUCUACUCUGCUGUACAUUUUUAUAACAUUAAUUCAUAGAAUUCCGAAAGUUGUUAGUAAUACAGUAUUGUGUUGCUUUUCAUAAAAUAUUCACUAUCUAAAAGUUUGUUUUUCUUCUUUAAAGGCAUAUUACAUUUGAAAAUGGUGCUGUUCUACAAUUAGGUAAGCUUGUAAGUUAAACAUGAUGAUUAAUUUGUUUUGUCAAAUUGUAUUUAAAUUAUAUAUAUUUUUUAAAUGUAUUAAAAAAUGUAAACAACCAAUAAUGUAAUGUAAUAAAAUAGGAUGCUUAAAACCGACAACAAAAUAAAAAACAAAAGCAGUAAUACGAGAACAGAAUUUAAAAAAUGGUCCAUCCAUUUUCAACCGCUUGUCCCUCUCGGGGUCGUGCGAGGGCUGCAGCCUAUCCCAGCUGCACUCGGGCAGAAAACAGGGUAACCCUGGACAAGUUGCCACCUAAACACAGACAACAUUCACAUUUAAAUUUACACACCGAAUUAGUGUUGUCAAUCAGCAUGUCUUUGGAUGUAAAACAAAUCAAAUAAAAACAUUCAAAACUUGCAGUAACUACUUAAUGCAACGUAUAUGAAAUGCAAUACAAAAAAACCAUAUAGGCCCGUAUUUGCAGCAAAAUUGAUUGGUUAUGGUUAUUUUUAUGUAUUGUUUUCAAAUUAAUUUUCAAUAAAUAAAAAUGUGCAAUAAACUGUUGCUUGAAAUCAAAAUGUCUACAAAAAAAAAGCAUUGAAAUUAUUUUUACAUUUAAAAAAGCAAUAACUAUAAAAUCUGAUUCAUGCAAUCAAAAUGCCACUAGAAAGAAGGUAGUACCACACUGAUGGUGAAAUAAAAAAUUAUAAUGUACAGUAACUACCUAUAAAUGUGUGUGUGUAGCAUUUAGGGUUGAUAUACACAGUAAAGCAACUUUUAAUCUGUUUUACUUACCUCUUUGCAGUGACAUUAAAUUGUAAGAAUGGGGCCAAAUAUGAUUAAUAAUAUAAUUCAACAUCGUGAUGCAUGCUGCAUUGAAGCUAUCCGAAUGCAGUCAGUAUUUUUUGUAUCUUAAUUAUAAGCACCAAUUAAGACUGUGGGAAUGCUGCGUGUGUCAAGUUGUGGAAUAAAUUCAUUACAUGGAAAGCAUACCGGUAAUUCAUAGGAUGAGCUCCCGUUUUUUAAGCACCAUCCCUCUAAGAAAUGCAAGAAAAAUUGUCAAAUUUUGACAAUUUUUCUUGUAUCUGUACAAAUGAACACAACAUUGGCAAAUUGUGGGGUUAACAUGGUAUGACGGAGCUCCCCUUGUUCUAAUAUUUGUGUGAGAUGGACCAAGUUGAAAUAACACUGCUCAACCUUCGUGCUGUUUGCUUUGGAGAGUCAAUUGAGGGUUACCAUGGCAACUCCACAGCCUUCGAAACCUGCUAUCUCUGUCCAGAUGAGGUGAUGAUGCAGCGCUGUAUGUUUCUCACGUCGCUUGUUAAUAAAUACUCUGCUGUAGAAGA